AUGGCCCUCGAGCUGCGCGUUUUCAUCAUCGACGCCUUCACGGCUAAGGCGUUUGGCGGCAACCCGGCUGCCGUCGUGCUCCUCCCGGCAUCGCACUCGCUCAACGACUCGGCGCUGCAGCAGAUCGCUAGCGAGCUGAACCAGCCGAUGACAGCUUUCCUCCAGCCCUCAGGCGCCGACUACACUCUGCAGUGGUUCAAUGCGCGCACCAAGGGCCGCGUUCUUAUGCUUGACUUGCCGGUCACCACCCUGCAUUCGCCGGUGGGCGCCCUGGAGAUCAGCCGCCGGGACGAGCUGCUGACGCUGCGUCUGCCUAGCAGUCUGUCCGAGGAGGUCCAUGGCGAAAAGUACCAGAAGGUUCUGCAGGCGUUCAUGGGCGGCAGAUUGCCGACCACUGCCACAGUGAGCUUCCACUAUGCACAGGCAGUCAACGACCUGGUGGUUUUAAUCGAGGGAAUCGACGAGGCUGUGCUGCGUGCAUGCAGUCUGACGCAGGAGUUUGCUGCGGCCAGCCAAGCGCUGGGUGUGCGCGCUGUAACCUUUGCUGUGCCUGGGACCGAUUACGACAGCCUGGCGCGCGUGUUCCACGCUGGAGCAGUGCCCGACGAGGACCAGGUCACAGGCUCCGCCCACACCAUCAUCGCCCCGUUGUUCCAUAAGCGCUUCGGCAAGUCCACUCUGCGUGCCUUGCAGUGCUCGGAGCGCGGCGGCGAACUAUUGCUGGAGCUGUCCGACGACCAUGUGCUGGUUUCCGGUACCGCCGUUACUGUGUUGGAGGGCAAGCUGACUGUUUAA